AGUUUAGUCUGCUGGUCGUCACUUGAUCAUGCUCAGGGCCUCUCACUUUGGCACCACAAAAUACUCGCUCACGGCUGAAGAGCUCCGGUAACGCAGGAGUUGCGGAAUACUUCGUGAAAGAUGUGACAAGAGCGUCCGUCUCUAGAUUUCGGAAAAAUAUGAACAAACGAAGGUACAGUGGAACCUCUUACAGGAGGAAGCACUAUGGUAACGGAUUCUCCGAAAUGCAUAUUCAUAAUGAAAAAAGAACGGGUCUUUUCUCGGCACUGGAAGACAUGCUUUUCUACACAAUCACACAGGGAGAGGAGAAAAUCUCUAUUUCUCAGUUCAUCUCCGCUCUGAGGAGCACGGGCCUUCUGAUCACAGACCCCCGCCUGAAGGACUGCAUGGAGAAGCUCCACCUGACCGUACGCGACUCGAUCACUGAAGUCAUGAUGGACAAAGAGCUCUUUAGAAAGUGUGUUGGUGGGAAUAUUAUGCUGUUGUCCCAGGCCUUCCAGAAGAAGUUCAUAAUCCCGGAGUUUGAGGCUUUUGUGAGCAAGAUAAACGAGAUUUACACCAAGGUCCAUGCAGAGCAGAAAGGGCAUGUUGCAGACUAUAUUCCUCAUUUGGCGAAGUUCAAUCCAGAGCUUUGGGGUGUUUCGCUGUGUACUGUGGAUGGACAAAGGCACUCUGUGGGCGACACUAAGAUGCCCUUCUGCCUGCAGUCGUGCGUGAAGCCGCUGGAGUAUGCCAUCGCUGUGCACGAGGCAGGCUCUGAGGUUGUGCACCGGUAUGUGGGAAAGGAGCCCAGUGGCUUUAAGUUCAACAACCUGUCGCUGGACGAGGACGAUAAACCACACAAUCCUAUGGUCAACGCUGGAGCAAUUGUAAUCAGCUCUCUCAUCAAGCCUGGCACCAACAAGGCAGAGAAGUUUGACUAUGUGAUGGAAUUUGUGAAGAAGAUGGCUGGCCAGGAGUAUGUAGGGUUCAGUAACGCAACGUUCCAAUCGGAAAAGGAAACUGGAGACAGGAACUUUGCCAUUGGAUACUACAUGAAGGAGAAGAGGUGUUUCCCACAUGGGGCAGAGAUGAUUGAUGCAUUGGACUUUUAUUUCCAGCUGUGCUCUAUAGAGGUCACUUGUGAAUCAGGAAGUGUGAUGGGUGCCACGCUGGCUAAUGGAGGCAUCUGUCCAAUCACAGGCGAGCGAGUGCUGAGCGCAGAGGCCGUUAGGAACACGCUCAGUCUCAUGCACUCCUGCGGCAUGUAUGACUUCUCUGGAGAGUUUGCUUUUCAU